GAUUAUAUAUCCAUGACAAACUUGAGCUUUUGUUUUCUCGCAAAUACCUCACAUCACCUGCACAUCACCAUGAAGAACACAUCACACUCGUGUACAGUAAAGAAAUAUACUCGUUCAACUGGCAAGAAUAUGACGACGAGACACAACAAUGUUGUCACAGUUUCGUAGUGAUCAUGCCGGCACUCGAAUUCCAAUUCGGCUGCACCGAUGCAGGAUCGAACGUAGACAGCCUCAUGCUGAUUACGUGUGGGCUACUCGCCAUGAUGAAAACUAUACUAUUUCGCGUUUAUAUAGAGCAAUUAGCUGACAAUUACAAUUCCGCAAUAAACGAUUACCUUAUGGUCGAGGAUACAGGAAAGCGUGUCAUUAUGCGACGACACGCUUUUUUCGGAAGAAUGCUCGCCUGCUUCAUGGUGUGCUUCUCGUAUUUCGCCAGUGCGCUAUGUACGCUAAUCUCUGCUCUAACCGACGACAAAGAUAAGCAGCUUAAUGCAACAUACGAGGUGGCAGUGGAGGAAUAUCCGAUACCGUCAAGAUGCACCUUAGAGUACUUGAAUGUACCUACCAGCGUGUCUAAGAUAAUUUGCUUUUUCGAGUUUAUGGCAUUUAUACUUACGAGUACCAGUAAUCACGGUACCGACGCCUUAUUCCUCAAUGCUACAUUGCAUGUUUGCGGCCAAGUGAAAAUCCUCAAGGCCGAUUUCACCAAUUUCGACACUACGAGUUCGAGAAUCCACGAACGCUUCAAUGCAUUGGUCAAGAGACACAACUACCUGAUAACAAUGGCCAAUAAACUCGCUGAGACGAUCAAUUAUGUUAUGCUGAUGCAGUUUUUUGUUAGUAGCAUUCUUUUGUGCAUAAUAGGAUUUCAACUUAUUCUCGCAUUGAGAUUAAGCCAUUUCGGUAUGCUGGCAAAAAGCAUCGUGAUGAUGAGCUCCUUUAUGACACAGUUAUCGGCAUACAGUUUCGUCGGGGACUAUUUGAAGUCCCAAAUGGAAGAAGUCGGAUUGUCUAUUUAUCAAAGCAAUUGGUACAACCUUCCUCUAACUGUAACAAGAAAUAUUGUCUUCAUGAUGAUGUGGGAUCAGUAUCCCGUCAAGCUCCUAGCUGGCAACUUCAUUGUGGUAAAUCUGUCCACCUAUAUGAACAUCAUUAAAACGUCAAUGUCCUAUCUAUCUGUGCUACGCGUAAUGGUAGAUACAUGA